AACAAAUUAGUAGUCUUUUGAUGAAUCUAGGCAACAAGUUUUGUACAAUUCCACUUGUUUAUGUUUAUGUUUGGUGAUAAGAACAACUUUUGAUGCAUAUGCAAUGGAAGUAGGAAUGCUUUUGUCUUGUUCGCAUUAUAUAUUUAUAUCUUUUGUUUGGCUUGCUCAAUAUAAAUUGUGACAUACCUUAACUACAUAUAUAACAAACAACACAACUAAUACCCAUAAUCUUAUGAUCGUUCCUUGCAUCUGUUCACUUCAGUUUUGAGUUUUGACAACUUCAAUUAUUGUUUUAUCUUGGAUUGGAUUCCAGCUUUUUAUCGAGGUAUCAGCCGUUAUUAGCAUUUGGCUCAACCCAUUCCCUAAAAAACUUAUGUUUUACAUCGCUAACCUAUGCCCUCCCCAGACACGGACGCCUUUCCUGCUAACCUAAGCCAGGUGGCGCAUAUAAUCCCUUCACCCACACCCUACGCCGACCGCCAUGCCCCUAAACCUUCUCAAACUCACCUCUUCUAUUUCCGUCCACCACCACCACCACCAACGCCACCGCCAUAAAUGGCUACGCCGGGCAAUUACCACCGGGAAUUCUAGAACACUGCCUGCGAUGUGCUCGGGCUGGUGGAGGAUAACAACACAAUUUGCACCGCAAGCUCACGUUAUCAAUAACAACGAUUAUAACAGACUAGGGUUUCGUAGUCCGAAAAAUUUCAGAUAUUGUUCCGGGAAUAAAGGAGGAAAAGUGUUUGUUGGUGGAAAAGUGAAUAUGGAAUCGGCAAGCAGUGAUAACAAAGAUGACAAAAGGACAACGGAAGCUGACCACAGCUCCUCUGUCAUGCCUGCAUUGCCGUCGAACGACCGCCGGCACCUAAAACCUCCUCCGCCUCAACAAAAUUCGUCCUCUAAAUUGCUAACAUUGCCUACGAUCUUAACAAUCGCUCGUGUCGCGGCCGUUCCUCUUUUGAUCAGCACUUUUCAUAUGAACAGUCGAUUAGGAACAACUGCCACCACUGGUAUUUUCAUUGCUGCAGCAAUUACAGAUUGGCUUGAUGGGUAUCUAGCAAGAAGGAUGAACUUAGGUACUGCUUUUGGUGCAUUUUUAGAUCCGGUGGCUGAUAAGCUUAUGGUUGCUGCUACAUUAGUCUUGCUAUGUACAAGACCUCCAGAGGCUGCUAUUUUUGGGCAACUGCCAUGGCUAUUGACUGUACCAUCAAUUGCAAUCAUUGGCAGAGAGAUAACAAUGUCUGCAGUUAGAGAGUGGGCUGCUUCUCAAGGGAGUAAACUUUCACAGGCUGUUGCUGUAAAUAAUCUUGGAAAGUGGAAAACAGCUACUCAAAUGACUUCAUUAACCAUUCUUCUUGUAAUUAGAGACAGCAGUUUUACAGAAGUAGGGUUUCUGGGUACAGCAGGUGUUGGUUUCCUUUAUGUAUCAGCAUGGCUAGCUGUAUGGUCAUUGGUUGUGUAUAUUAAGAAGAUAUGGAAAGUAUUGAUGAUGAUGUAGCAACAUGCAACAUGCAACAUCAACAACUUAAUACCUUGUUUUUUUCAAAACCCUUCGUAUGCAGGUUAACUUGCAUCACCAAAUAUAUCUUGUCAUUUUUUUUUCUUUAUAUGUUUCGGAUGCUUAUUUAUCAAAUUAGUUGACCUGAGGUAAAGUUAUGCCAGGGUCUUAUAAACGUGCAUUGUAAACUGGUUACUUUAAGGAUAUCAGGUAUUUUUUUUUUGAGUAAAUUACUCGAAUGGUCCAUGUCGUUUGGGGGUAAUUUGCAUACUUGGUCCCUAACUUAUAUUAUGCCCUUAUGAAUUUUUGCUUUGAUUAUGGACAAGAUUUCUCUUGAGAUUCAAGGAGAGGUGUCGAUGAUGUUUUGGUGUUAAAAACUAGUAAUGAGUUGAAUGCUAGGGUGGUGACCUAGAAUACAUUGUCUGAUGAAAAUGGAUUAUGAAUCAACAAUAAGAUGGGAUAUGUAUGAUGCAAUUUCAACACGGAUGUAAAUGGUGGAGUAGAAUUAUGUAUUGGUGAGAAAGUUCAAGACCCUAACGCGAGCUUUGAAUAUUUGGGAUGUAUGAUUCGUAAGGAAGGGGUGAGGAGGAUGACGUUAACAACCGUAUAAAUAUGAGAUUGUUAAAGUGGUGAGCAGUUGCAAGAGUUUUGUAUGAUGAGGAUGUGAAACUAAAAGGAGUAUUUUUACAGGGUGAUUGCAAGGUCACUGUUGUUGUGUGGCCCUGGAUGUUGGUCGAUUAAAAAAUAGAAUUUACGAAAAAAUCUCAAACUAAAAUAUAUAUAUACGAAAAAACAUGAAUUACCGGUAAAAAUGAUGAUUUGAUCAUUUUUUCCCGGUUUAACAGUUUCAUUACAAACUUGGUUUCAUUAAAGUUCU